UUGGACUUGAUGCAGCUGGUAAAACAACUAUUUUGUACAAAUUGAAGCUUGGUGAAAUUGUUACCACUAUUCCUACUAUUGGCUUCAACGUAGAAACUGUUGAGUACAAGAACAUCAGCUUCACUGUAUGGGAUGUUGGUGGCCAGGAUAAAAUCCGCCCUUUGUGGCGGCACUAUUUCCAGAACACGCAGGGCCUCAUAUUUGUGGUGGACAGCAAUGACCGAGAGAGAAUCAGUGAAGCUUCUGAAGAGCUCACAAAGAUGUUGCAAGAAGAUGAGCUGCGCGAUGCGGUUCUCUUGGUGUUUGCAAACAAGCAGGAUCUGCCCAACGCCAUGACGGCUGCUGAAGUCACUGAUAAGCUUGGGCUCAACCAACUCAGAAACAAGAGGUGGUACAUCCAGGCGACUUGUGCCUGUCAAGGGGAUGGUCUCUACGAAGGACUGGACUGGCUCUCUAACGAGCUCUCCAAGAAGUAAUUAGAGGUUUCAUCACCGCCCCCAUCCCAGCUGAUAACUGGUGUAAACGAUCGCUAGAUUCACUCGGCUAGAUCAUCACCCGUAGAAACUACCUGCACGUGAUCUCCAGCGUCUAGUACUGCAUCAGGGGGAAUGAGAACGACCUUAGAUCGUUAUUGUAUUUUUUUCAUGUAAUGUAUUUUUUUCAUCACUCUAAUAGGCUAAGUUUGUAAACUUACUGAGCUGUCAGGAUGAUGUAAGUGAAGGCAGCCAGCUGUGCAGAAAGCCUGGUAUUGUUCGAACCUUGAUGUUCAACGUUCUUUGCAAUCAUUGAACAGCCUGGCUAUCGAGAGACGUGGUAUCACUUUUCACCUCUCAUGAUUUGCGAUUGUAUGUUCUAUUUUUUAAGUGCACUUCACUAAAGCAUUUUCCCAGUUGAUAUAUUGCAACGGCUAGUUGAUUUUCCUUAAUUACACGUUUCAUUGGCUUGUGAGCUACAUUUUGGUUUAAUGUUUUUUUUCGUGUGAAUCGUGAGAGGCAUUUUUUGCAUUAUGUGGACAUUGUUAAUUUUAUGGUGCCGCUUCUUUCUGGUCCUUUGCUUGUGUUACUUCAGCUUUUUACUUGCGACUGUGAGAUUGGAAAUGGUAUUUAGAUGGCUUAUCAUAUCAUGAUGUCCUGCUGCUUUCUAAAGCAGUUAACCCUUGAUAAUGUUCUUACAUUCAUGUUUAUGUCAAACAAACCUGGAAUUAUUUGUGCCUUUUGCGUUCACGUGCGUGAAGUGUAAUUCUGUUCAAUGAUGCGUGUUGAACUGCUAACUUUGACUGAUAAAUUGAAGUCGUAUGGUGUGCAUUAACCUCAAAGAGAUAGAAGCAUCCUUAAGAUUACAUUGUGCAGUAUCUAUACCACUCGCUCUGUUGCUAAGCAAAGUAAUCCCUCUCUAUAAUCCUUGGCAUUAUUUAUCAGUAAGAGUGUAAUAUAUUCCUUCACUGCUCUUUGAUUUGAGAAAAUUAUCAGAUGACUGCCUCAACUAACUUGCCCCGACUUGUGAAAACGCCUCAGCAAUAAGCUUCUUUGACAUUAGUUGCUGCGAAGAUUGUUAGAUUUAAAUUUUACGUAAUGUAGCACUUCAAGCAGCCUGGUCCUGUAGCAUUGAAGUAUUUUCAGUUUAAAACAAAUUUUGCUGUUUAUUUUCUUUUUUGGGGCAAGUUUUUGUUGCGAUAUUUCUAUUGCUUUUAUUGUAGAAGGCAGCGUAGAUUUAGUUCAAUUUUGCUCUGUGUGUUGGAUACUUUAAUAUUAUAUUUGGCAAGAGUAACUUCUAAAAAUAUUUUCUUGCGUCUUGCAUCAUUCCAUGGUAACGUGAAAGUAUAGAGAACUCCGAGCUAGGCUUCGUAGUUAUCUUAUUAAAUUGAUUUUCA